GUAAUAAUGUCCAAAUUAUUGGAUCACUUUUUCUUGGCAACUUCUUGGAACCAUCACUAUGGUGGCAUCAAACGUAAUAAUGUCCAAUGAAUUAUUGGAUCACUUUUUCUUCCAAAACAAAAACAUAAACACUUCUCUUAUACUUCCACUACUCCUUUUUCUUCUAACCUUCUUUACCAUACACUACUUCUUUCUCGCUCUCUCUCUCUCUCUCAUCUCUCUCUCUCUCUCUCUCUCAAGAACAGAAACCAUGGCUGACUUAAUGGUGGGGGGAGCUCUUCUCUCUGGUUUCAUCAAUGUCAUCUUUGAUAGGCUUGCUUCUCAAGAGGUACUUGACUUCUUUCGUGGAGACAAACUCAAUCAAAAGCUGCUCAAAAGGCUGAAGACUGUGUUGCUAUCAGCUAAUGCGCUGCUGAACGAUGCCGAGGAGAAGCAGCUUGGAGACAGCAACGUGAAGAAUUGGCUUGAUGAGCUUAAAGAAGUACUGUAUGAAGCAGAUCACGUGAUGGACAAGAUCAGCACUGAAGCUCUGCGACUCAAGAUGGAGGAAGAUGAACUCGAAAGCACAGCAAGUAAGCCCUCCCACUCUGUCUUUAAGAAACCAUUUGAAAUAAGUGCUGUGAAAUCUGAAAUCGAAGAGAUCCUUGAUACUCUAAAGGAUCUUUUAGAACAGACAGAGUACCUUGGUUUGAAAAAAGUAGAGCUGAAAACAACAUUACAUAGACCACCUGCACCUUUGUUAGAUGAUUCUAAGGUUUAUGGAAGGGAGAAUGAUAAAGAGGCUAUUGUUAAGCUAGUAUUGUGUGAUGAUGUUGGUGACCAUAGGAUUGUCCUAAUUCCUAUAAUAGGGAUGCCUGGUAUUGGCAAAACUACACUUACUCAAAGUGUAUAUGACGACACCACUGUCCAACAACACUUUGACUUGAAAGUGUGGGUAACUAUCUCCGAAGAUUUUGAUGUUUUGAAAAUAACUAAACUUAUUUUUGAGGCAAUCACUAAAACAAGAUGCGAAGCAAAGGAGCUAUAUCAACUUCAAAAUGAAUUGAAAAAUGCUUUGAUAGGGAAGAAGUUUCUUUUUGUUCUCGAUGAUGUAUGGAAUGAAAAUUAUUUGUUGUGGGACUCUUUGAAAAGCUCUUUUCAAUCUGGCAAUCAAGGAAGUAAGAUCAUUGUGACCACGCGUAACGAAGAUAUUGCUUUGAUGAUGAGGACGAUGCAUGUUCAGCCUUACGAGCUUAAAGAAAUAUCUUACGAAAAUUGUUGGAAGUUGUUUGCAGAACACGUCUUUGGUACUAUAGGCUCCAAUGAGGUACAUCAAGACUUGGAAGAAAUCGGAAAGCAAAUUGUAAAAAAGUGCAAGGGUCUUCCUUUGGCUGUAAAAUCGAUGGCUGGACUUUUACGAUCUAUGUCCACUAGCGAAGAAUGGAGACAUGUACUGCAAAGUGAUGUAUGGGAGUUGCCCAAUUGUCUCAAACUAGGAAUUGUUCCAGCAUUGUGGUUGAGCUAUCGAUUUCUGCCUCCUUAUUUGAAACCAUGUUUUUCUUAUCUCUCGUUAUUUCCCAAGGAUUAUGAAUUUCAGAAAGAUGACAGAGAACAAAUAAUCUUAAUAUGGAUGGCAGAAGGUCUUUUACAACCUCAAAAAGGAAAAAGGAUUGAAGAUGUUGGAGAAGAGUACAUGAGUGCUUUAAUAGCAAGAUCAUUUUUUCAAAGAAACACAUGGGAUCGUUCUCUUUCUAUGCACGAUCUUAUGCAUGAUCUAGCUAUGUAUGUAUCAGGUCAGUGUUGUUCUAUUUAUGAUAGUUGUAAUGACUUCCACAAGCUAAAUGGUAGCAAGACACGCCAUCUAUCAUACAUGAAAGACUUAAAAGAUACAAUAGAAUUUGACAACUUUUCUAGAGUGAAGUAUUUGCACACCUUGUUAGUUUUACCAUUGCGAUAUACAUAUCCAUCGCAGGAGACACAAUUAAAGCUUGAAAUUGUGCUGAAGGAUGGAGGAUGCUUAAGAUCACUUUCUUUGUCAGAAUCAUGUAUCACAGACUUGCCUGAUUCAAUUGGCAAUUUAAAACAUCUCAGGUAUUUGAAUUUGUCUUGGACAAAAGUUAAGGAAUUACCUCAUUCAAUUUGUGGAUUGUAUAAUUUGGAAACACUCUUGUUGUCAAGUUGUGGAAACCUCACACAAUUGCCUGCCAACAUUUCCAAGUUAGUCAACCUGCGUCAUCUUAUGACAAGAUGGACUCCUCUAAAAGAGAUGCCACCGAAGAUUUGUAAUAUGAUAAAUCUUCAGACGUUAAGUAAUUUUUUUCUGUGUAAAAAUGAUGGGUCCAGGAUCAAAGAGUUGGGCAAGUUGGAUAAUUUGCAUGAACGCUUGGAGAUUUCAGGGCUUGAAUAUGUUAGAGAAGUGAGUGAUGUUUUGGAAGGCAAUUUGAAGAACAAAAAGUAUCUCAAUGAGCUCGUUCUUUCAUGGAACGGUGUGGCAGAUAGCUCGACAAAGGAAAGAGAAGUUCUUGACGCACUCCAACCACAUGUAAAUUUAAAGAAACUCGUAAUUAGAGGUUAUAACGGUACAUGCUUGCCAGAUUGGGUAACAGAUCCAUCAUAUUGUAACUUGAAAAAAGUUGAUCUACACUGCAGAAAUCUUUGCUUGUCAUUGUUAUCAUUUCGGCUGCUAAGUUCAUUGAUACAUUUUCGUGUUUCCUGUCUUGAUAUGCAUGAUGAAUUUCGUAGUAUUCCUUUGAAUAAGCCCUUUCCAUUCUUAGCAAGAUUAGAGCUUGAUGGUACUGAUAUGUUGGAUUGGUCAUUUAUUAAUACAAGUGAUCAAAGAUGUGAGAUUUUUCAAUGUUUAAAGCAAUUUGAUUUAAAGCGUUGUGGGAAGCUGAGUGUGGCGCUACCUAUGUGUAAUUUUCCAUCUUUAGAAUAUAUCAAUGUUGCAUCUUGCGAUGAAUUGGUAACUAUAUUUCCAACAAGUACUCACAUUGACUCUGCAUAUCCUUCCCUGGACUUGUUGAACACAAUGCAUUGCUCAAGGUUGGAAACCUUUUCAGAAAUGGGAUUGCCCUUUACUUUACAACGUCUACGCAUCGCAUCAUGUGAUAAGCUCAUGGAAAACCGCAUGAAAUGGAAUUUACAAAGACUCCCAUCAUUGAAUUCCUUAGAACUCUGGCAUUGUGGAGAAAUGGUGGAUUCAUUACCAGAGGAAUGGCUGCUCCCACCAUCUUUAAGAUAUCUUAAGAUCUUUGAAUGUAAUAACCUCAAAGCUCUGAACAGCAAAGGCUUCCAACACGUCACCUCCCUUCAUCGUUUAGAACUUCUUUAUUUGGAAAAGCUAGAGUGCUUACCAGCAGCAGGACUGCCGCAGAGUGUUACUUAUUUGUCCAUAGAAGGAUGCAGUCUGCUAAUUCCCAGGUGCAAGGAAGGAACAGGGGAAGAUUGGCCCAAAGUUCAACACAUUCCUAACAUACUAACCGAAGAAACAGAACAUAAUAAGGAAAACUUAGGCGGCAGGUACACUGUUACUUAUUUUGCUAGGAUUGAUGAUUAUGAUGAUUGAUUGGGCUUCUUUAAUUUGGUUGGUAUUUCUCCCUUUGCUGCUACUAUAACAGAGUUAUGACUUGUGACUGAGAUUGGCUGUUGUAUUGUUGUGAACAUUAUUGCUUAGAAUCAUCUUUCUUAAUUUCAUAAUGUUUUGUGGGUGAGAAUGUGAUAGUGUUGUAAUCUUUAUGAUCAUGUGAUAGUUUAAUUCCCAAGUGCAAGGAAGAAACAGGGAAAGAUUGGCAUAUGAUUCAAUUCAACACAUAGCUAAAAUACACUAACUGAAUAAAGUCAUGUCUCUCUUAGACAGCAGGAACACAGCAUUGUUUAUUAUACUGGUGGGGAUCGAGUUAUGAAUUUCAUCGAGUCUCAAUGAUUUCAGCCAAUGAGACAAUGCAGACUCUCAACUUUGUGGGAUAUAUUUAUAUAUAUAGCCUUGUUUAAUUUGGAAGGCAAGCAAAUUACACAGAAAAGGUUCUAUGAAUAUUCAAGAUGCAUGAUGCCAAGAGUGUUACAGUUCCCUUAGCUGAUCAAUGUCCUGAAACUGAAGCAGAAGUAAAACUGUAAAAGACGAGGAUAAAGUCCCAUAUGCACCGCACUUGGUUGUUUGAUGUAUGUAAAAUGCCUAUGCCCUCAGUUUUCUUGAUGUCUAAACCUGGGCUCGAGCAUUGGCUUGGUGUGAAAUGGUCAAUGAGGUAUCUCAAAGGUACAAGCACACAUGGUAAGGUGUACAAGAAAAAUGCUGGAAAGAUAUGGCUCGAAGGGUUUGUAGAUUCUGAUUUUGCUUCAAAUCAAGAUUCAAGAAAGUCCCUCAUUUUCUAUGUUGUUACAAUAGUGGGAGCACAGUAAGUUGGAAGUCUCAUCAGCAACAAAUCAUUGCUUUGUCCACGUCUGAAGCUGAAUUCAUGGCGACUGUAGAAGCUUGUAAGGAAGUAGUGAGAGCAUUGCUUAAACUUGUUGAACAUUGAUACAGGCUUGUUGAAGUUACUUGAGCUAAAUCAUCAUGAGCUUUCCUUAUUACUACUCCUCCAGAACACAUCCAGCAAGCAGUGUUUUUACCGCUGGCUUUGCCUAUGCACGCUAACUCAGUUCACCAAGUUAGUUUCAGAUUAGUAUUGUAUUUCACAUCUUUGUAGAAAGAAGAUCACUUUGAGAGUUUUGAGAGCUUUGAGUGUGGUUGUACAAGGGGUUCUCGGGUUUGGUUCUAAGGGUACAGAAAGAGUGAGUUUGGUACCAAGAAACCAUUGAAGAUCUUCAACUGUAACAAAGAUUGUAUUGCUGAUUCUCUAUAGUGGAUUGCUCAUGAUGAUGCUCAAACUGGAUGUAGGUCAAAUUGGCCGAACCAGUAUAAACCUUGGCGUCCAUUUCUUUACUUUAAUUUUGAUUUGUUGCUCGGAUACUUUGGGUUCUGUUCUUGAACACAAAGUAUCCGAGCAACAAAUAGUGACAAACUUCUCUGAUAUAAAUACAUAAUAGUGAGGUUUUCUAUUUGAGAUUGCUGAAAUCAUUGAGGGUGUAUUGAAUUUGAUUGAUAUAGUGGGACUGAAUCAAUUAAACUCCUCUCAUGUUCUUUUACUGCACUAUUUUAUUUGUUCUUUAUUAGGCUAAUGUGUUAGAGUAAUUUGAUGUUAAUGUAGUUCUUUACUUUAAUUUCUUUAAUUGAUAAGUAUGUAUAAUAGUACUGAAACAAUAAAGAAAUUACACAGAAAUUUGUA